GGCGUGGCACCAAGAUGGCGGGCUAGCGCGCGCGGCCCUUCCGUCGGCGCCUGCGCGUUCGGGGGGGAGGGCGCCCGUGCGUCGCACCAUCUCUCUCAGCGGAGCCGGCGGCCGGAAGGGGGAGGCCGUGCGGCGCUGCGUGCGGCUGCUGCUGCUGGAUCCCAAGAGCGGCGAUCGGGAGCGCCGCAGGGAGGCGGCGGAGCUGCUGCCGGUGCCGCAGGGAGGCGGCGGGCCCGCGGAGCGCGCCUCGUCCUCCGCCGCCGCCGCCGCCUCGCACUGCCCGCCGCCGCUGCUGGCCAGGAUGCCGAACAUCAAGAUCUUCAGCGGCAGCUCGCACCAGGACCUCUCUCAGAAGAUCGCCGACCGGCUGGGCCUCGAGCUGGGCAAGGUCGUCACCAAGAAGUUCUCCAACCAGGAGACCUGAGCCGCGCCCCCAUCUCCGCCAAGCUGGUGGCCAACAUGCUCUCCGUUGCUGGCGCCGACCACAUCAUCACCAUGGACCUGCACGCCUCCCAGAUCCAGGGCUUCUUCGACAUCCCUGUGGACAACCUGUACGCUGAGCCGGCCGUCUUAAAGUGGAUCAAGGAGAACAUCGUUGAGUGGAAGAACUGCACAAUUGUGUCUCCUGAUGCCGGGGGAGCCAAGAGAGUGACCUCCAUUGCUGAUCGGCUGAAUGUGGACUUUGCCCUUAUUCAUAAAGAGAGGAAGAAGGCCAGUGAAGUAGACCGCAUGGUGCUGGUGGGGGAUGUGAAGGACCGGGUGGCCAUCCUGGUGGAUGACAUGGCAGACACCUGUGGCACCAUCUGCCAUGCAGCAGACAAGCUGCUUUCAGCUGGGGCUACCAAAGUUUUUGCCAUCCUGACUCACGGGAUCUUUUCCGGGCCAGCCAUUUCCCGAAUCAACCACGCCUGUUUUGAGGCAGUUGUAGUCACAAACACCAUCCCCCAGGAGGAGAAGAUGAAACACUGCCCUAAAAUCCAGGUGAUCGACAUCUCCAUGAUCCUGGCCGAAGCCAUCAGGCGGACUCACAAUGGGGAAUCUGUCUCUUACCUCUUCAGCCACGUCCCUUUAUAAUUGUAGAUGCCGCUGCUGCUUUGGGUGGCUUUUUGAAAAACCAAAAUUUGUUUUUAAGUUCA